AUGGCAUCCCUCGCAGCACAAACGGCACAGAAUACCCCCUUCACCCGGGGGGUCGUGCAAGCCCUGAGGUCACUGUACCCGGAAGAGGUCGCCGACAGGGCUUGGGACAACGUCGGCCUGCUCCUGGGCAACAUCGACUCCUCCAGCCAGCAGCAGCUGGGUCUGGAGCCCACCCCUGAGCACAAGACCGUCCUCCUCACCAACGACCUGAGCCCAGCUGUUGCACAAGAGGCUGUCGACAAGAAGGCAUCUGUGGUUGUGAGCUACCAUCCCUUCAUCUUCAGAGGGCUCAAGUCAGUCGACAUCGUCGACCCGCAGCAGAGGAUCCUGCUGCAAUUGGCCCAAAGAAACAUCGCUGUUUACUGCCCCCACACCGCCGUAGACGCCGUUCCUGGCGGCUUGAAUGACUGGCUGGUCGACAUCAUCUGCGGCUCGCAGCAGCCCCUGAGCCGAUCCGCCGUCCAGCCCACCUCGGCGCCUGCUCCCCCCGGCUUCGAAGGAGCUGGAUAUGGCCGAAAGGUGGACUUCUCCCAGCCAGUCGCCCUGACUGACCUGGUCCGCCGCCUUGCCGCCGGCCUCGGCGGCCUGAAGCAUGUUAUGGUGGCCGUGCCAAGGCACUUUGAUGUGUCGGCAGCCGCACUCCAGUCCGCCGCCGUGUGUGCGGGCUCGGGCUGGGACGUCCUCAAGAGCUGCAACGUCGACGUCCUCGUGACGGGCGAGAUGAGCCACCACAACGCGCUCAGGGCCACCAUGGAGGGCAAGCUGGUCAUCACCGUGUUUCACAGCAAUUCAGAGAGGGCAUACCUCCGGCAAAGAAUGCAGCCGGCCCUGGAGGCGGAGCUUCGCAACAUCGGCACAGAAGCACGGGUCUUGGUGAGCGAGGAGGACAGGGAUCCAUUCGAGGUCUGGGAUGUGGAACGCCUCGGUGCAUAA